GGCGCGGGCCGCGCGGCUGUGGAUCACGUCGUCGCCGCGAAAUGGGACACCGGCCUCAUACCCAACCGCCGCCCCAAGGCCAAGCCGAAAGCGCGACGACCCUCGGCUGCUACCGCGUCUGCUUCGCGUGGUGCUGGGCCAACUUCUUCGUCUGCUUCUACCUCGUCCUCAUCUUCGGAUGUCGAUUUGGACAAGAUGCUGGCCCGACAGGAAAAGGAAUUUUUGAGAAAGAAAAAACCCAAACUCACCAUCGAGCAGAUCCGGGAGCGGGAUGGCUCUGGUUUGCCGGAGAAGUUCAAAAAUCGAACGGACAAGCACGGGUGUAUGCAAAGAAAAAAGCGUGACAGUUACAUUGUGUUGCAUUAUACCAAGCAAGACAAAGAACACGCUUCGUCAUACCGGAUAUGCACAAGAACCCACUCUACUCACAUGUGUUUUCCUUCAUUGGAAGGCAGAGAAAGAAAGUUUUUACAACAAGAAAUCUGUAACAUUUUUUUCGGUGGAUAGGGAUGUAUGAAAAGCCAGCCAGCGACUCCACCAGUAAGUAUCUGAACAGUCCGUACAUUCAAAAGGCGCCGGCGGAGCCGGUGUCGCCGCGUUCCGCUCAGUAUCAUGACUUGGAGGCGUAUGGUGGUGCACAACUUCUUGCCCUUCCCCUCAUUUGCCAUGCAAAGUGCCAAAGUAUUAAAAACAAAAUCUUGCCUGUAUUAAUCAAGUAUUCGCAUGACAGGUUCGGGAGCUGCCCAAAUAGUUUCCAGCCAGGGGCAGGCGGGGUUUUUUGCACUCGGAUUCGGCGAAGCUGAAACAAUAUCCCACGAAAAAACUGUUUCACUGAUGAUUUUGCAAGUUCUGCAUCACAAGUUUCUUACACAUGACGCAGAAAAUUUGGCAUGCGCGCUUCCAAAGGGAAAACGCCUUUCAAGAGUCAAGGUCUUGCAGGUGUAGCAAGACAAAUAGUUCUGUGCUCCAUUCUAUGCAUCACAAGUUCACAGUGAAACAGUUUUUUCUUGCGAUAAACAAGCCGAGAAAGAGGCGAAAAUGGUCACGGGUAUGAAGCUAUCCUGUGCAAAAGUAUCGUACCCGUAGUAAUUGCAGUCAUGCAUUACAAUUUUUUUUCUGCAGCUAUAUCCGCAUUACAAAUUCUAUUUCUCAUGCUGAGGGAAUUUGUAAAUGCAUUUAUACUUAUACGAGUGCGAUACUUUUGCAAUGCAUAGAAGAAGCUGGGAAUCGACAUCGCACGGGUCGGGGGGGAGAUCGUCCCGGUAACUUUGACGACAGCUUCUCCGCGGGUCUACAGUUUGGACGAUACAGGACAAACUCCGAAAGCCGUUGUGGCAGCCGCGACCAAAUUGCUCGCGGGAGGAGGUGGUUACGCAUUGCAAAUAUAUUAUCUGGCGAGACUGGAAAUAGAAUGUAGCUUGUCGACAUGCGAAGUCCUCUAGGGGACGAAAAAAUUGAGUUGUAUGAACCCGAAGGAAUAAAGCACACUGACAAGAAACACAAAUCUUGCAUUCUUCCAAAACACGACCAGAGGACAUAUUGAUUUCUACUGAAUUAAUGGGGUUCUGCUUCUUCUAGUGCUGCUCCAUCUUCCAGCGCGAGCGGCUCCGCGCAAGAACAGGAAGGAAAUGGACCCACCUCUGCCUCCGCGUCAGCAUCUACUUCAAGGCGGCUCCGUGCCGAGGGCAGCGGGAAUCAAGAGCAUCAUCAACAAGGCGUGGAAGCCGGUACGGACGAGGUAAGCUGGGGUGAAAAUGUUGCGGAUAUGAAGGAAAAAGCGAAAGAGAAAGACCGCUCGUUCCCUUCGGAUCAGCCUUCCCGCCGGCACAGAAAAGAUCUGGAUGAGUUUAUCGACUCGAAAAAGGAAGACACGCGGAGGAUGCUGUAUAACCCGCUCAGGUGUUACAAUCUCAAACGUUACAAUAGAAUAUGGCAAUCUGUGAUGCAAGAGUGCAUGACCUAGCCUACUCCCACAGGAUUGCGCAUGACAAGUUCCGGAUCCCCAAACCUCACUACAAUCUGGCUAAAUUUGUAUUGCAAAAGGUGGAAAGCUGUGCGAGUCUGUCAUGCUCAUCAUAUAACACAAAUUCCACAUUCUAUUGUAACGUUUGAGAUUGUAACGUUUGAGCAAGUCAUAUGCUGCCCGACGAGCUCCUGGAUUUGGUGAAGAACAAAAACACGCGGCCGGGAAC